CGGACCCAUUUGUGUUCAUCGUAGCCAUGCAAGUGUGUUCAACACUCUGUGUGUAAAUGCCAUCCAUCCACUGCUAUCAUAUGCACACGAGUCCUCACACCAAAAUGGGACAUACACUGCCUGCGUGCCUGCCUGCCUGCCGCUAGGCUGCCUCAACUGCUUUCUGGCCGUCCUGUGUGGCGAUAUUGGCUCGAUGAAUCCGGUCCAACAUAUGCACCCCAGCCAACACAGGGGGAUACCUGACACACACGCGCGCACACAGCAGACAGACCGAUCAAACGAGUGAGGUACAUCGACACGGUUGGGUGUGUGUGUGCGCGCACGCACUUUGGGUGGUCGGCGUUGACCAGUGGGGUGAGGGGCGUCUCAAAGUUGCAGCAGCAGAAGUAAGCUAUCGAGUACCGGUGCUCUGCGGUCGGAUUGCGGGCACGGUGGACGGUCGACUUGAACCUGCCGUUACUCCACCUGGCCAGCAUGUCACCUGAAGAACAAACAUCUCACACGCAUCGCUUCCACAGAAAAGACAUCCCCGGACGGACCGCUAUGUGUGGUGUUUGUCGCCGACCGAUGUUCACAACGAAGUCCGUGCCGUUGGGUGGCACGGCCACCCACUCGUUGUCGUCGUUCAUUAUCUCUAACCCAGGCACGCCAUCCUGCGCCUGCACGCAGACAUCCAACACACACACACACACAUGAGAUAUAUAACCAGGAAAGAAACAGCGAAACACACCAGUAAAGUAAAACACUCGUAGUCGGUGUGGGCGCCGAUGCCGAGCUGGCGGGGGUGACUGCCGCUGUACGGGGGAUAGUGCAGGCAGUUCAUCGAGUUCAUCGGCUCGGUGAUGAAGGGGCCGAAAUGGUCCUCAGGCAGGCCGAGAAAGAGGGCGAUGAGUCGGUACAUCCUCAGCGCCACCUCCCACACCCGCCUGUAGUAGCAAUCGAUCACAUCCCGCCAGGCAGGCAGGCCAUCCGGAAAGACGUUCGGGGCGAAUAGCGUUGCUGAACAGACCCCCACACAAGAAAGCGCUCCUGCAAAAACAGCGGCAGCAGUGCCCCACGCACAUGCGUACCGUGAUAGUGGGGAUGGGACUCGCUGAGCUCCGUUCCCAUCGUGAAGACCUUCAAGGCAAAGGGCGAGAGAGAGAGAGAGAGAGAUCCUCGCUGUCUGGCAACGCGCUCCAUGUGUGCACACCUCUUUGUAGUCGAGUGGCAGGCCGUCCUCGCCCAGCCGCACGCCCUCAUCGUCAGAGGCUUCGUGCGGCGCUUGCCCUUCGUCUGCUGCUGUUGCUGCGGCUUCUGCGGCUCGCUGGUCGGCUGCAUCGAUGCCGUAGUUCCCUUGCUCGAACAGACCUGACUCGCAACCACGACAAAGAGGUGCAUAUUUGUGCGUGUGUGUGCAUGCGUAAGUAUCUCCGUGUGUGUGUGUGUGUACCGAUGUAGCCCCGCACGCCGCCUGUCUUGGACGUGUGGAUCUUCAUCUUGUCUUCCAUCGGCAGCGCGAAGAAGGUCUUCAGUGCCGAGAAGACCGCUGCGAACUCAUCGUCCGCUAUGCCAUGGCCUCUCAAGUAGAAGAACCCAACACUCUCAGCUGCCAGGGAGGGACGCAGUGAGAACAGCAGAUGCAUCAAAAUUGAUGAUCAAAUCAGAUGCUCCAGUGGGUGGAAGCGUGUGUUGUGUCAUCUGCUCACCUGCGUCCUUGAGUUUGUUGCAUGUGGUUGAGGGAUCUUCUGACAGAUCGAUGACGGGGAUGCUCUGCCACCCCAUCUGAGGCAGA